GCCUCGAAGGUGCUUAGAAUCGAGUGAACCGCAGGAAACCAGACGAAAUUCCUUUCAAAAUGGAUAACUUGGCCACAUGGUUAUUACGCGCUUCCGAGAAUAACACGGAAAGUGCGAUAAUUGACGGCGAAGUAUCGAGAUUCCCUAAACCGCUGCAGACGUUCGCAGCUGUGGUCGCGAUACUGAUUAUGAUAACUGGACUCGCUGGAAAUUUAUUGACGAUCAUUGCUCUGUGCAAGUAUCCCAAAGUUCGCAACGUAGCUGCAGCCUUCAUUAUAAGCCUCUGCGUGGCAGACUUCGUAUUCUGCCUUCUUGUACUUCCGUUCGAUUCCAUCAGAUUCAUCGAUGCAAGUUGGGUAAAUAUACGGUUUCUCUGCGUUCUCGUGCCUUUCUUGAGGUAUGGAAACGUUGGCGUGAGUCUCCUCUCCGUUGCAGCCAUUACUAUCAACAGAUACAUCAUGAUAGCCCACCAUGGAUUGUACAGCAAAGUUUACAAGAAAUAUUGGAUCGCUUUUAUGAUCGUAUUCUGUUGGUUGUUCUCCUAUGGGAUGCAGGUUCCCACCCUCUUAGGAAUUUGGGGUAGGAUCGACUACGAUCCGAAUUUAGAAACUUGCUCCAUCGUAAAGGACAGCAAAGGCUACUCAUCGAAAACCUUUCUUUUCGUGGUGGGUUUCGUGAUACCCUGCGUAAUAAUCGUUGGAUGUUACACUAAGAUAUUUUGGGUCGUACACAGAUCCGAGACAAGAAUGCGAAAGCACGCGUCUCCGACGAUAAAAUCGCCGCAUACACCCGGCAGGGAUACCAGAGAGAUCAAACAGAGACGUAGCGAAUGGCGAAUCACGAAAAUGGUACUAGCCAUUUUCCUCAGUUUCGUCGCCUGUUACCUUCCAAUUACCAUCGUUAAAGUCUUCGACGCCGAAGUUAGAUAUCCAGAAUUUCACGUUUUGGGCUACCUGCUCCUCUACUUUGCCUCCUGCGUGAACCCGAUCAUUUACGUGAUCAUGAACAAGCAAUACAGACAAGCGUACGCUGGCGUAAUAGGAUGUUCACGGAUAAGGGCGAGUCUGUCACCCUAUGGGAGCAGCGCGCCUGGUCAUCAUCAACAGCAGGACUACGGCCAAGGUAACUUCGAGCACCGUCGCGUGGUAACGCUCACCAAGCUCUGACCGAACGCGAGCUAAGCGACCACACUUCGCUCACUUCAUUAUUCGAAGGACUUCAGUAAGACGAUGGUGUCGACAGUCUCCAUUGCUAUGAAUCCAGUGAGGAACUCGCGUUUCGAGGAGUAAGCUUGAUUCUGCGAUUGAACUGGCCAGAGAAGGCGAAACGUACGAAGAAUAUUAAUCGACCCAUGAGGACAAAAUGUCAGUAUUCAGAGUGUUUCGUAACGGGAAUUUGUAUUAUCCAUUUCGAUGAGAGAUCGAGAAGAUCCAUGGAAACGCACACAGUAGGAACUCGAUUAACUUGCUGAUCAAAAACAGCGAGAAGCUAUACUCAGUGCGUAAGAUAAGUCUGAAUUUAAAAAACAAAGAUAAAUAUUUCGUGCAGAUCUUAUACAGGCUAGUCGAACGAUCGAAGGGUUGCUCGUUUUUAUCGAAGAACAAAGCUACAAGUCGAAAGCAAAGUCGAACAGCGUACACGUUUGUACGAUAUCGUAAUUGCAAUCUUUGUCCAUGACUAAAAUGAAUUUCGCGUCUGAAAUGCUAUGAUAAAACUUGUAUUUACUACGAUUAAGCGUAUAAGUAAACUGUAGAGGAAGAGAAAAGAAAGAAAAUGGUCGUUGAGAGAGGAGAGAAUGUAAAUAGGGAUCUGCGAACGGUAUACAUAAUUAUUUAGAGGUUUAAGAGAAUAGAGGAAAACUAAAGACACACAGCAGUGCUGUUGUUAGAUUUAUUUAGAUUAGUUUAAAGCAAAACGUGGCCGAUAUCGUAUAAUAAAUGAUACGUUAUUUGUCGACCGACAAAUUGCAUAUUGUAAAACUUGGCAACGAAUACCAAGUAUAUUUAAUUUUGUAGCACACUGGAACGAGUGUCGAAUAUUUACCAAAGGUAACACGUGAAUACGUUUGUACAUAGAUGUUACGUGUUAAUUCUUGUUACCACGAUGUAAAAAUACAAUGAGAAUGUAAUAGCGAAUUUUAAAGACAUUCGUAAUUCGCGAUGUUACGAGUUCGCUUCAUAUUUAUUUAUAAUAUUUCUCCUGAUUGAUUUACGAACGCAAAUAAUGUUAAAGAGUUAUCAAAGUACAAAUUAAAUAAAUCUAUCGAUUUAAACGA